CGGACGAGAUGGCAGCGACCACCUGACUCAACAUACCCCAGAGAACAGCACCUCAUCUCUCUCUCAGAGAACCACAAGCACCAUAACUUCAAACGGACAAGAAGUCCCACCUGAACAUCCUGCAAAACAGUCAGAAACUGAUCCAACACCUGAUGGGUCAGAUCACAGCAGCAUCCAACAAAGACCUGCUGUGGAAACCACUCCAGUUCCUGAAAGUGCUGUCUUGGUCGUCUGCCACUCCUCCGAAGAAAAUGAAAUAAAUGCUAACACCCUACCUCUGUCAUCCCAAACUCCAGUCCCCCAACUCCUAGGUGAUCUCAUUGAGAAAGGUAUAGCAAGAAAGUUUUACCUCUCCGUUAUCAUCGAACAACACAUCAAGGUCGAAGCCCUCCUCGACACUGGAGCUGACAUCACCCUAAUGUCAACAGAACUCCUUGAAGAAGUCCAAAACAGAACAAAGAGGUCUAACGGAACCUUCAAACUUCAAAGGUGUGAGCUGAACCUUCAAGCAUAUUCCCACACAGGCCUACAACUAAAACAUGUGGCACCGAUUCGCCUAACGGUGGGACCAAUGAAUCUUGUUCACCCAGUAUAUGUCUCUCCACUCAACACAUAUCCUCUCCUCAUUGGGAAGGACCUGCUUAACCGCUUUGAACCCUUAAUAGACUUCAAACAUCUGAAGAUAUGGACACAAGUCCGUGAGCCUCUGCCUCUCCAGUCAGUAAACUCCAACGAAUCGCAGUGUCAAGUCACAGACACCGCCCCCCAUCCACUGACUGACGAUGCAAGUUCAAAGUCAAGAGCAAGUUCCACUCCAAGCAACAGGAACCAAGACCCAUUCCUCUGCUCACUGCAAGCGUCAGACUCAGGUUCCCUCCGAAUCAUGACUGCCAUAAAUGCCCAAGACACAUCAGUGCCUGAUGCAGCAUUAGCCCUGUGGGCUGAAAACUCAGCUAUCAGUCUGAAGCUCUUCAGAACAUUGAAGCAGACAAAUCAGAGCAUACCACACGUCUCGAAGCAUAGCCGCUUCCCUCUCAAUCCAUGGUCAACAACCAUGGCUACCUCCAAGAUUGUCUGUGCUGCAGACAUACGAUGGAACGACAGACUCUCGAGUCACUACUUCCUGGUUGUCCCCAACCUGCCUCAUGACAUCUACAUAGGAGCAGACAUCAUGGUCCGUCUCAACGCCUGCGUUGACACCGUGAAUGACGUCAUAUGGGCUCCCUUGUCACACCAAUUGACAUCUUCAGUCAACCUCAAGAAUCUUCGAUCUGAGCAAACAAUACCAGAUGCAUGCGCCAUGAUCAACGAGCAAGAAGCCACAAUCCCCGCUUACAGCAAGAGUGUCAGUGUCCGCCUCAACAUGCGACCUGGCCAGACCCUUAACAGUAAGCUAGGCUUCUUCCAACCUUCCAGGACCUGCCUAAAACUAGGACUGACCUUGGAAGCCACACCUCUCAUAGAAGUGUCAUCUCGUGCUGUGUAUGUGUUGUUCAACAACUGUACGGCCAAAGACAUCAAUGUGCCAAAAGCCAGUCACCUGGGAUGGCUCAUCAACCAGGCGUUCCACGACUUUGAACUGACAGUUCCUGUCAUCGGCCACAUACCAGUUGAACUAAUGUCAGAUGAAUGCCACAACCCCGUAACUUGCACAAAGCCCCAUGAGAUCAUCACCAUCACUUCUAUUCUGCCGGUGCCUAAAGAAAGUGUCUGCCGUUCAGAACUUACAGAUGACACUCACCUCGCUGUCUACGCUGUGUCAACACAGACUGCAACAGAGUCACCUGUAGAACUGACUGUCAAGGCCCACAGUCCCUCAAAUGACUCAGAGGAACCCUAUGCUGGGUUCAAUGCACAAGUCCAACAAAUCCUGAGCGAGGCGGAUGCCCUCCACAGUGAAAUGGAUCGCCAAGGACUUAAAGAAGUUCUGUGCAAAUACAAGGACUCCUUCGCAAAGGAUUCCCUGGACUGUGGCCUGACUGAUAUCCACAUGGUGCGCAUCCCAACUCACCCAAAUGCGCCACCGACAUUUGUGCGGCAGUACAAGAUUCCGAUAGCAUCAUUCGAAUCAGUGCAAGAUAUCAUUGACUCCAUGCUACAAAAGGGGGUCAUCCGACCCUGCAACAGCACCUACUCCGCCCCGAUAUGGCCAGUCCUAGAGCCCAACGGCAAAUGGCGGCCCACCAUUGACUAUCGCAAAUUGAACCAGCAAGUUCCCUUAUCGCGAUGGCCUAUGACUCAAUUGGACCAAGAGAUUCCCAAAAUCAAAGGCUCCACGAUCCUAUCCACACUGGACGUCGCCUCAGGAUUUUGGACAAUCCCUGUCCACCCUGAUGACCAACACAAAUUGGCAUUCACCUUUGGCAAUCGACAAUUCACCUUCACAAGAUGCCCCUUCGGCUAUGCCAACUCCCCAGCUGAAUUCAACGGAUGGAAACAGAACGGAUUCAAGACAGCUAACAACAAGCCUGUCAAACAUCAGGAACUUUUCCAAGCAUGCGAUGCCAUUGUCACCAUACAUGACAUGAUUAUCUACUGGAAAAAGGUCCGUGGUCAUUCACGCCAACCAGGGCAAGACAAAGAUCUCAAUGACCAAACCGAUGCCCUUGCCAAAGCAGGUGCAUCACAUGGAGAGCCUUGGAAAUUCCCAUCCCUCCCACCCAACCCUUCAGUUGCUGCCAUAACCCGCCACCAGCACGCCACUGGCGCGCAAACCCCCGCCUCCUCCCAUGUUGAACUCUCACCUCAGUUCACUGCGGAUGAUCUCCUCACCCUCCAAGCGUCGGAUCCAACGCUGCAAACCAUUGCCGCUCACAUUUCCGACCCAUUAACUCAUCCCAUUUCCACCUCCGACCUAUCCAAUUCCUCUGAUCUCCGCCACCUUCACGUAAAAGGAUGCCUGGUGUGUUGCCAGUUCCAACCGGCAAACCCAAACCACAGAGCACCACUACAACGGAAAGGAAUGACCUUCCCAUGGUCAGACCUCCAAAUAGAUUGGGUAGGACCCCUGCCACGGUCAACACGGGGUAACAAAUACUUCCUCACCGUGGUUUGCGAAUUCACAAAGUGGGUAGAGUGUCUCCCAGCUCCCAACGAUACAGCAGAAACAACAGCCUGCCUGUUAAUGAACCACAUCUUCUCAAGAUUUGGACUGCCUCUAAGAGUCAACUCUGACCGAGGAACCCACUUCACCGCUGAGGUUAUGCAGGAUGUAUGGAAACUCCUGGGCAUACAGGCCAAGCUUCACAUAAGCCAUCAUCCAAUUUCCUCAGGGCAGGUCGAACGGGCCAACAAGACAGUGGCAAGCAUGUUGAAGAAGUAUGUGUCCGCCAACAAAAAGGAUUGGGAUAUCAAGCUCCCUCUGGUACUGAUGGCCAUCAGGGCCACCCCUCACCGGUCUACCGGAGUAGCCCCAUUCGAAAUGAUGACAGGGCGACAAAUGACACUACCGCUACAUCUGCUGUACCAACCUGGUGACAUGAACCUCGUCACCGCCUACACCACUCACCAGUAUCUGGAAGAGUUGCAUCAGCACCUGAGAGCGACUUUCGCCUUCGCACAACACAACCUCCAAAGAAGUGCGGAAGGUCGUAAAGCCUACUACGACAAAAGGGCCUCUUACCAAGAACUCAAUGUCGGAGACAAAGUGUGGUACUACAGCUUUGCCCAGCCAAGGCAGAAAGCUCCCCAUCGCCUGUCAAAGAAAUUCCUACCUCACUGGACAGGACCACAUGAGAUUGUGGACAAGCUCUCGCCUGUCGCCUACCGAAUCAAAAUCAGACAAGGCCGCAACGAGCCUGUCUUUCGAUGGGUCCAUCGAAACCAGAUAAAGAGGCACCAAGGUUCCAACCGACAGGAAAAGGGGGAGGUUCAAACCCACUGACACAGACCGACAAUCCCCUACUCUACACCACACUAAUGACUUUGUCAUUCUAGGGAAAGUUUUUUUUUUUUGGUUUUGUUUUACACAACACUUACACAUGCUCCUCCACAGCACUGCUAGGAACAACCUCUAGUAGAAAGGAGUCUCUUCACACGUGACACUCACUUUGCUCUAGUAAACUCAGUGUCCUUGUGUCUCUUAGUGUUUUAUUUUCUCUCUCUCCUCAUGCUUUCCUUUUGCCUCCUUCAAUAUCAUUAGUCUUCCUCCUCAGUUUGCCCGUUAUCGAUUUGAAUAAUAUUUACCGGCUCAAAGACGUUGUGAAUGUUUGAUUUUGGCAAGGGAACUUUCAAAAUACACACUCCUGAGGUCGUGACGUACCACGAUAACAACGAACAGUUGUACCAGGCCCCAAACCUAAAAUGCGUACGCUCACGAAAGACAUUCAUUAUCUUUGCCCAAGUAAACCAUUCGUAUUUGAUAAUACCGAG